CAGCAGUUUCGGAUCAUGGUAGAAAGACGGAAGUCUUUUGGUGUCAAGGCUCAACAGGAAAUGUACCAUCAGGAAAAAGAAAUAUAUUCACUGAAGCAGGAACAUGAAGAGAUUGCAUUACUCUUGAGCCUUACAAAGUCACAGAGAAAUAUGAUGUUAGACGACAGAAAUUGUAUGGAGCUUAAAUUUCUUUUACAGACCAAAGAGGAAUAUGAUUCUCUGAUUAGAGCAACAAAAGCCCUGAUAGCUGAACUUGACGAUAAGGUAAUGGAGAUGGAAAAAAAGAUCAAAACACAAAAAUUGGUUGUAGCAAAGGUGAAACAAGUGAAUGAUAGCAAAUGGCUGCAAAAGCAGAUUCAGAUGCUGGAGAAUCGCCUAAACCAUGUCACUGUCCGUUUCGACACCAUCCUCACUACAAAUGCCACACUCAGAGAAGAGAUUGAAAACCUGCGAUGUCAGAAAGCUAUUUUUGACAAUUCAUAUUCAAAACUUCAUAAAAAACUAGAUCAGCAAAAGAAAACAAUGGACAAUGCAAUUGAGCAGUCCAGCCAAGCAUACGAACAGCGGGUGGAGGCACUGGCACGGAUUUCUGCCAUGAAGGAAAGGCGCUGCAAAGACAUUGCACAGUAUAAUGUGGAAUUCAGGGAACUGGAGCGUGUCUUUGACCACGAGACCAAGCUGAAAGCCUUUAUGCUCAUCAAAUUAGUGGAUCGCUCAGACUUUGAGGAACAGGCCAAAAGGGAAGAAGCCCUAAAGGCAAGCAAGCGGGGCAGAAAGAGCAAAGGUGAAAGCUUUGAGAGCUACGAGGUGGCUUACAUGCGCCUGCUGAAGCUGAGCGAGGACGGGGACAUUGGCCAGCUGGUGGCAGAUUUCACUGAGAAAGAGGAGAAGAACUUUGCGUAUUUCAGCUACGUCACCGAGUUGAACAAUGAAAUUGAGAGGCUGCAGAAGAAGACACAGGACAUUCAGAAUGAAAUUCUUCACUUAAAAUCCCAACAGAAGUUUGCUGAUGACAAAAGCAACACCAGCCUCAAGGAGAUAGAGGAGAAGCUGAAGAAAACCACUGAAGAGGCCAACCUGUACGAGUACACCUGUAAAGAGAGCAGCAAGGUCCUGGACCAGCUCAAAUCCGCUGUGGACUUUCUGUUUAAACAAAUACACUGCGAGGACACCAAGAUAAUGGAGCAGCUUGGUGAGAGUGGGGAGAUCACGGAUCUGAACCUGAUGCAGUAUUUUGGCAUCAUAGAAAAGAAAACCAAUGAUCUUCUGCUCAUUGAAUCCUUCCUGCGCUAUAAGGAGGUCGAGGGAGAGCAGGAUUCGCUCCCUUUAUUGAAUCCAUUUUUGGGUGGCACAGAACUCCUUAAGAGUACAGAUGCAGCGAAAUUACCCCCAUCUUCCCCUACCAUAGAGCACAUGGCAGAGAACAUAGAGGACUUUGAUUGGCCUUUGGACCAUGGCAGUUUGCGCAGCCUGAUUACUGAGAACUUCGAGAAGGAAAAAUCUAGCGGGAUCUCGCUGGACAAAGAAAAGAAGAGAGGGAUAAUUUUAUAGACAGGG